AACAGCGUCCAAAAACGAAGCACAAUAGAAGGCCUAUGGAAACACGGAGCGUCACGCGCGUAAAACAGCGUUUUUAAUUUUGCUGUGGUUAAUUAGUGUUCUUUUUACGUUUUUUUAUUCUAUUGAGCAGGAGUGCAAUGUUGUGUUGUCCCGUGUUAACAUUUGCUUCUAUCAUUUAAUAUUGAUGCAAGAUUGUUCGUCGUCGCCAGUGCAAAUUCCGCUACAUCCGCUACUUCAGAAAGUACGCCGAAAGAUGCCGAGCAAAACGCGAUCUCGCGAAAGAACCUCCAAAGUGAAGAACACUAAACCAAAUAAGGGCGCAAAAAGAACGAUGAAAAAACUGAAACAUAAAAACACCGUACCACCACCAAGCGGCCUGAAAGCAAAAGAAUACAAAGUGAACACUUCCAGCUAUUCGGAGCAUUUGUCAGAAAAGGAAAAUGUUGUUUCCGUGAAUGUGCGACAAGCAUCCACCGAUGAAAACAGCAAUAAUGUUCCACGACCGCGCGGUCAAUAUCUUUUGAAGCAGCUUUCCAGUUCGUUGAGCCCCAAAAUGACUGAAAUCAGUACGGAUGCGGACCGUCGCGUUAGCCGAUAUGGUCGGCAUCAAAAACAGAAGGACAAUUCAGACUACGUUCCGGUAGAUCUGAUGAGAUAUGUUGCCAUUUCCCCGCUUAAAAGCAAACAGAAAGCAGAGGCCGCUGAGCAAGAGAAUCCAGAGUUUCCUAAAUUAGAGCAACCGUUACCGCGGACGCCGCCGGCAGAUGAAGAUGUUUCUGGGCGGUCUGAGACACCACACGAGGAUAAAAAGAUACUCAACAUGGACGAAAUCAAGAUUGUUAGCGCGGAUGAAAGCAAUACAGAUACAAGCACGAGCACUCAUAACUUUCUACACGAUUUGGUCGUGCGCAAACGGUCGUCGGACGUUGACAGUGCCAAGGGAUCUUCCAUUGAUCUUGGUAAUGGGUACCGUGCGGGCACUAUCUACUGGGGCGCACAGUCAAAGAAGGUCAUACACUGGCCCUGCCUUGUUCGGGUUGAUCCAGAAAGUGAACGAAUAACGCGUAUCCAUGGAGAUAAGAUGAUGGAAAUUCACGUAAGCUUUUUCGCCGAUAAAGGUCGCCGUGGUUGGAUAAAGGAAACGUGCAUGGUGCCGUUUGAGGGCGUGGAAAACUAUUGCACGGAGGCACGAAAUCUGCACUACGGAAAGUACGUCAAGCAAGCGCUACGGACAAACCUGCUCAAACGGUGGAAAGUUGCAUGUGAUUUAGCAGAAAAAUACUUCGCAAUGCCUAUCGACGACCGUAUCGCAAAGUAUGACGAAGAAGUAAAGGCAGAGUUGAUCACAUUGAAAAUAGAGCGACAUCGCAGCGCGAUUCGCGCGGGUAAAAUCACUCAGCAGGCUUUGUCACAUCAUGUGCCAGAAACAGUGCCAUUCAACCAUCGGACUGUAUCCGAUAGUCAGACGGCAUCAUACAAGAGGGAACGUUCAUCUUCACCCGAAAGUCCUGCAUACGAAGCUCUGCCAGGCCUUGGCUCAUCCAAAAAUCCCAUGAAAAGAGUGAAAUGCUCCACGCCUUCAAAAACAACCAGCAGUCAAUACGACAGCAGGUUCGAUCGUUUCUUGCAAUCAUUGGACAGUGAGGAAAUGAAUACUGGUGAACUGAACGCAGGACUGAUGGAAACGGCAUCGCCAACGUCCGAAAUGAACCACGAAUAUGACGAUAUCUUGCAAUUUAUCCGUUACUACAUGUUCGACGGACGCACGAAUCACGAGAUCGAAGAGAGCCUGCAAUUUCAUGUUCGACGAAUAUGCUGCCUCAAGAAUGUCUCCUCCAACCGUGGCUCAGAUCGCACUGCCAGCCGGCAACGAGCACUAGCGCUGCGUAACACUUUUGAAAAGAUGGGUCUCAAACCGUUGGCGAGCGAUAGCAAGGCGGAGAUGGCGAACAAUCCCAAACCACGACAUCUGUCGCAAAGCAUUAAAAAGGAACCGCAAUCGUUGGAGGAUAAGUUCAUUUUUCAGCUGGAUAAAAAUGUCCUCACCAAAGGCAUUCCAAAGGGAUUUGUGUGCUAUGUGUGCAAUCGACCCAACAACGUUACCAAAUGUAGCAAGUGCCUUCAGCAUGUGCAUUUAUUAUGCUUGACCGACGAUGCUGCGCAGGUGGCAAAACUGCAGGAAGAAAUCGAGGAGAAGCGUUUCUCGUGUGCCAUAUGCUCGACGACCGUAAUGAACGAGAAAAAAUGUUUCAUAUGCAACGAUGGGAGCGAAGAAACGAUCGCAGAAGAAAAGUUCCGUUGCACGGAGAGCAAGUGUACGCGCGAGUAUCAUCUUUCCUGCCUGCGGCUGUUUCCGCAGUAUCGCGUCAUUAGUACAAACACCAUCGUCUGCCCGUACCACGUUUGUCACACCUGCGUAUCAAAUGAUCCGCGCAACACGGCGUCCUUAGGGAAAGCGGCUUUGACGAGCUGUAUGAAGUGUCCGGCAUCGUAUCACCCGGAUGCUAGAUGCAUACCGGCCGGAUCGGAAAUACUUACCUCCAAGCAGCUGGUCUGUCCUAAGCACAGUGUCGAACAGAUAGCAUUAAAUGUCAAUUGGUGUUUCAUCUGCGGCAAGGGAGGCGAGUUAAUUUGUUGCGAAGCGUGCCCGUUUGCGUGCCACCUGGAUUGUCUUCCAUUCAGUCCGCCGGUCGGGAAGUAUUUCUGUGAACAGUGCGAAUCGGGCAGAAUGCCGCUGUACAACGAGAUAGUCAUCGCGAAAAUGGGCAUUUAUCGUUGGUGGCCAGCGUUGACGGUGCCACCUUCCGAAAUACCGGAUCGAGUGCUGCAAAAGCCACACAAACCAUCGGAUAUAUGUGUAAAAUUUUUCAACACCUACGAUAUGUGCUGGCUGAACCGAAAGCGAAUGUACCUGUAUCAACAUGAAGAUUCGGAAAAUUUGGGCGAAGGAAAGUCUGGAUCUUCAAUGGAUAAGAAAUAUCGUUUGGCUAUGAUCGAGGCCAGCAAAAUUUUCCAAAUACUGGAAUCCACCAAACAGCCUCGUCCGUACGGAAGCUUAAGCAACUCCAAGGCCGCUCCGAUCUAUACAAAGAUAAAAUCCAAUCGGUAUGUUGCUCCUCUAAAGCAACCGUCGACGAAUCGCCGCCAGUUGGAUGGAAUCGAAGAUUCGGUGUGCCGUUGCCAACCGGGCGAUGAAGAUCCUUGCGGUCCUACGUCAGCGUGCCUGAAUCGUGCAAUCUUUAUGGAGUGUAGUGCAAAAACCUGCCCGGCGAAAGAUCGCUGCUCAAAUCAACGAUUCACCAAGCGGAUGUAUCCCGCACUGGAAGUGCGCAACUUUGCGGACAAAGGUUUUGGUUUGGUGACACUGGAAGACCUGCAAAGUGGACAGUUUGUUAUUGAAUAUGUUGGCGAAGUGAUCAAUUCGGAGGAGUUUGAUCGACGAGUGAAAACGAUGCAGACAGCGAAAGAGGAGAACUAUUACUUCCUUACGGUCGAACCUGAUCUGACCAUCGAUGCCGGAUCGAAAGGAAAUAUGUCGCGUUUCAUCAAUCACUCCUGCGAACCGAAUUGCGAAACGCAAAAAUGGACGAUUGGCGAAACGCGCGUCAUAGGCCUGUUCGCUAUUACUGAUAUAAAAGCGGGUAAAGAACUGACCUUCAAUUACAACUUGGAGAGCUUGGGAAAUAGCAAGCGUGCAUGCUUGUGCGGUGCACAAAAAUGUUCCGGUUUCAUCGGAGAAAAGUAUCGUCCAACAAAGAAGGACGACGCUGCAUUCGUUAGAAACCCCGGAGAACUUGUUAAAGGUCGAAAGAAAAUCGCAAAGAUUCGCAAAACGAAAAAGGGUACUAUUUCCAACACGAGCACAGAAGAAUAUCGGACAAAAACAAAUGCAGAUAUCCAACCUGCAGAAAACAACGAUGUUAUGCUAAUACCUGCGCCAUCCUCCACAAUAGUAGAUCUAGUUGAUGGGAGCGUUCCUGCACCACCGACCACCAAACCAAAUGCAACAGUCGUUAUCAAGUCGGAAAAGGUGGACGAUAUGUUUUGAACCGGGUUUACCUUAAAUUACGCAUAUGCAUUUUAUUUAGUGACAAAUCCACAACCACACCGCCUGAAAAGAGUAUCCAAGACUGCAAUUCUAAGUCGAAGCGUCAAAGCGAAUUCAGGAUAUAUGUUGUAAUUUAUACAUGCUGUCUGUGUUAAUAUUGUUUUUUUUUUAUUUGUUUUCACUUUUUACGAUAUUCGUGCGAAGAACAUCGUCAUACCUCAAUAAAAGCUGUCCGUACUGUGGACAGCAACUGCAGUUUUUGUGAGUGUAAAAAACAUUAAAUUAGAAAAAGCGAAUGCGCUGUAGCGUCGAAGGUAACAUGGUCGAACGGAACCCGAAUGAAAUCGUAGACGAAUGAACGAGCAAUUUUUUACUCUUUUUAUCUGUUUGCAAGUGUUAACAUUAUUCUAUUUAUGUUUGUUGCCAAUCUGGUGUCAUCACAUGGUUUGACUGUUGAAUAAAGAGAACUGGUUUGCGAGCAAAUGAAA